AUGUCAGACUCUCCACAAAAGAAAGUUGUAUCCAUCGAUACAUCCCGUUUUGAAGAAAUUCGGGCCAAAGAGGGGAAGGCAAAGCUUAUAGUUCUUGUUGUUAUUAUACUCUUGACAGCUAUUUACGGAGCAUGGAAUAUUUAUAGGAUGAUCGAAGCAGUAAGCUCACCAGUCGUUUCCCUAAGAUCCGUCAUAAGGUCCAGUAUACCGGUGCCAGGGGUUGUAAUAUGUGGAGUUACUCUUGAUAGACCUGUUUUGUGUUACAAAAGCGCUUUCAACGCCGCAGAUGAUAAUUAUCAAUUGGGAGCAAGUUGCAAUGAAUAUCUAACGAAUAAUAGGAUGGAUGCUACAAAAUUUAUUAAUAUGCGCGGAUUUGAUAAUCUAACACAGCAAUAUUGUUAUAUUCUUAAUCCUACUAAACCCGUUAACGGGUCAUCUGGCGUAGAUCCUCUUGAAUUUGAUAAUUCUACACAGAAGAUAGCACUCGCAUUAUGGUCGAGCGAGGCUGCAAAUAACACGCUAGGCGCUAUUACACAGGACAGAUGGUUCUUUUUCGGAAUAUUCAAUGAACUUGAAGAUCCGACGAUCGAAAAAUACGAUGUUGUAAAAACCGAUGCAAUAACGGGAGGUGGUACAAGCUCGGGUAUACAAACUCGGCCUGGAGUUGGAGCAAAUAUUUUAUACGAACCUGCAUUCACAAGUUUUGCUAUUGAAGGAUUUCAAGUAGAUUCACAUCUUUGGGUACUUUUUAGGAUUAUUCCAUCUAAUUAUGUAACUAAUGCAAAAACAAAUACACAAGAAUAUCCUGUAGAAAUUUGGUAUAGUCGAGUAGAGUUCUCUCUGUUCCAACUAGCAGCUAAUAUGGGAGGUUUUGUAAGCAUCCUUAGUGCAGCAUAUUUUAUUUUGCUAGGAUCACGAAGAGUCAAUCCUUGGGGUGUUGUACAGCGUUAUAUUCUUAAGUCGGUCCCACCACCCCCAGAAUUUGGUGAGUUUGCAUCCAAGCCCUACGCAGAGAAUUCGAAUAUUCAUUCUCAAUACGAAAAUGUAGAUAAUUUCUCGAGUAAUUCGUUUCAUCGUGCUUCAGGAACAGGGUAUCCCCCGUUUGAUACACAAAAGCACCAAGAAAUGGGGAUGGCGGUACCUUCACAAUUCGAUAUUCCGCAAUCGCCAGAACAACAAUUACAUAGAGAGUAUAUGGAGCGUUAUAUUGAACCAUUACCAUCCCCAGACAUGGAUGAUCCAAGAAUACAAAAAAUAAGAAACGAAUUGAAAGCGGAGGUACAAAGAACAAUUGCUAAUGAGCUAGCGAAACUAAAAUUAUAUUUAAGUAAAUAUUAUCUUAAAGAUGUAAUAAAGAUUAAUUAA